UCUAUCCUAAUCUCUCCUUGAAGACUUGCAGCAGUACUCCCGCCUUUCUGUCUACCAAGGUCCGAGAACAAACCUCUGUGAAAAUGCCGGCUGUUGAGAAGAAGAAACCCGUCAAGAAGGAAGAGGAAAUCGAUAACGAUGAGAAAAUCUCUACACUUGGGAACAAGAAGAAAAGAUUAUCUCUUGACAAUGCAAAAACUAGGGUUACUGAUAAUAAAGAUUCCACUCUAGCAAAAGUGGAACCCAAAGAUGAAAACAUCGAGGAUAAUGAAUACGUUGAAGAGACAAAAGACUCCAUCAAAAAGAGUGUAACCAAGACGACUGAGGAGAAGAGAAGGAAGAAGAGUACUGUGGUCACAGAUGAGAAGAAAAAAAAGCGUAUUGUGGUCAAAACCGAGAAGAAGGUUUAUGAUUUGCCGGGUCAGAAACGUGACCCGCCAGAGGAAAGGGAUCCUUUAAGGAUUUUUUACGAGUCUCUCUAUGAACAGAGACCAGAUAGCGAAAUGGCGAAAUUAUGGAUGAUGGAGUGUGGGUUGUUACCAGUGGAUGAGGCAAAGAAGGUUUUUGAGCAGAAACACAAAAACCAGGCGCAGAGGAAAAUAAUCAUGUCGUCACCCACAAAAGCCAUAAAAGCAGCAUCAGUGACCAAGUCCGCCAAUUCUACUGUCAAGAGAAUUACUAAUACUACCACCUCUACGAAGACUACAACUACAACAUCCUCUUCAGCGAAAAAGAAGCCUGUCCCAGAACCCAAAACCACUCCAAAGCAAUCAGCAAGCAAGAAACGGAAAGUCGAUGAUAGAUCAUCAGAUGACGAUGAUAGUGACUUUGAAACUGAAACUAUCAGCAACAGGAUGACUAAAAAGAGACUAAAAUGAGAAGCUUCUUAACCCCAUCCCUGAGUUUCAGGCUAAGUCUCUCACUCCUUUGUUUUAGUCUCGGUCUUCAGUCCUUUUAGAGUUUUUUCUUUUCUACCUAGCUUUACAAAGAAAGAUGUUAGUAGCUUUAGCAUAUUUCCACGUUAGAUGAAUGAGAUGACUUUGACAAAUCCGUCAGUAAUUGAUGAUUUGAUCCAUUUAUGCAGAAAUGGUGGGUCAUAAUUUUAAACUGUUACAGGAGGAUUUGAUAAAUUAUUGUUCAUGGAAGUUGCUUUCAGACAUUAUUUGUUGAAAUGGGUCAUUGAAAAUUUUCCAAGUUCACCCUGUUUUUUCAUGCAUUUUUCCACACAUUAUA